AUGGAUGACAAAUGUUCGACACCGAGCUGUGAAUCGCAGCGAGGAAGCGAGGCGGAGCAGGUGUACGGAUGGAGUACGGAUCUGUGCAACAAGGAAGAGCAUUUCCUAGCCAUAUUGGAGCUUUGUGAGAGACGAAGCCUCAUUAAGAGUCUGGGACCUCUGCUGUGGCAUUCAUUUGGAGCUGUUGCGGGGCUGCUUCAGGAAGUAAUCGCAAUAUAUUCGGCAGUGCUGUUUAACGAGCUUAGCGGUCAGCAGUCACAACGCAUCUGCGCCGCCGUCUGCUUGUUAUAAGCGAUGGUGUCUCACGCCCCGAUCGCGCAAGAGCUAUGCGAGUUCAUCAGCUACCUAACGCCGUUGCUCAAGUUAACCCCACAAACACGUGCUGUGGAGCACGUUCGUCUCUCUGUCCUUGGUGUCGUUUUCGGUCUGUUAAAGGUUGGAGCUUGGAUUUUGCGUCAGUUGGAGCUGGGUUCUAGCAUAAGCAAGAUUCUGAGCGCCCAAAUCUUGAAACACGAAGUAGGCCUUAAGUUCGCCAGUCGCAGGUUGGCCAGAAGGCUACAUCUCAACCACACAUUAGCCAGAGUUGUCCAUCAGCUGACUUUGGAGCCCGAGCCAAGGGUGCUGAAGCAUAUGGUUAGGGUCUUCGUCCGUAUAGCUGAUCACUCGCAGAGUCUAGAGUUGAUCCUUAAACACUUGCCGCCGCAACUGCGGAACGGCCAAGAAAGUCUUCCGGGGUAUAAGAGCACCACCAUGGAGCUCAACGAUCUCAACCGAAAGCUGGUUGGAAAGGAGAACACCAAUACGGGUGAGACAAUUACACAAUUUUAUGGACAUUUUCUAUGUAACUUUUAUGUAAACCGCAUAAGUUACGUCGUUAAGUUGCCAUUUUUCCGCAUCUCUUUCCUGCUGCCAAGGAAAAGGUGUUCUGGUGUUCAGUCAGCAAAUCAAUUUGCACUUUUGCGCCUUUUUAACGUCCCUGCAAUUUGUCUUACCAAUUUUUGUAUGUAGCCACCGACUUCGAUGGUUUUUUUUGGGACCGAAACAUCAGCAUGUAAAUUGCAUUACCUCGCCCAAAAUCUUUUCCUUUUCUGGGCUGGUUGUCGGUGGGGUCGAAUGGGUUUGCCGAGGGCUUGAACUCUGCGUAAUGCAAUAAACAGCUCGUAAAUAUUUUGAUGCCAAUUUUCCAGCGUAAUUGACUCGACGGUACUUUGAAUGUCAAACAAUAAAUUCAAUUACCAAUGCAUAGCCCGGAGUAGAGCUCCCGCCUUUUUUCUUAACCCCUCCAUGAGAAUUCACGAUUGGCACCCUUAACCCUAAUGUGCACGUGCUAAGGAUCCGUAUUGACAUGGAUACACCGAAACCCUGGAUGGGGCAAAGGUUUAAACGGUGAAUGAUGCCGGAGUCGGUUUUCUGGUGAUGCCGUUAAACCAAAGCAUGCGGAAACUGAAGGCAUAAGUCGAUAAACAUUUCUAUAGACGGUGAAAUCGAGGCGCAGUCCAUCUUAACCCAUCGAAAAAGCUACGUUACUGUGGGUAGUUUCAACAGGAAGAGAAAGGAAAAGGGAUGAUCGCUGCUAGGGCGAAAACCCAUUUAAUACAUAUGGUAUACAAAAUCAGAGACAAACGCACUCCACGGAAAAAAACCAUGCUGAUCUUCCAGACUAA